AUGCCUGAGGCCAUGGUGGAGGGAGAACCAAUCACUCACGAGGAAGCCAGCGCGCCUGGCUGGAUCGACGCAAUUCGACGUCGAGCAACAUCUUCAACUACUACGACCAGCAAGCCAGCCGGCGCCAGCGUUGGUGCCCUGCGAACCGGAGCUGCGUCGAGGGUUGCAGCCGCCAGCCGGCUCCCCCCGCUGCCAACGGAUCAUCACCGUGUCAUCGUCCGCCCCGGAGGUGGACUGGAUGUGCGUAAGUGCAACAAGCUUAAGUUCUUACAAGCUCUGCUAUUCGCUGCACGACUCCCGCCAGCGGCGGCAGAGGAAGAUAUCGUCUGCACUAACGACACACAGAAUAUCUUUGUGAUCAGCACGCCGAGCUUACAAACGGCCGAAGCGUACGCUAAAGUACGAGCAAUUGUUCUCAUGGAGCGAGCACAUCCAGUAUCCGCUUACGUAGUCGCCUCUGGCACGACCAGCCGAGGCGUAGUCCGAGGGGUCGACGCUGACCUUCCGGACUCAGAGCUACAACGCUUGUUCGUCUCAUCACACAACCCCACGUUAAUGGGGGUACGACGAAUCAAGGAUACUACCACCAUCAUCCUUCUCUUCGACGGACUUAAAGUCCCCAACUAUGUGCGCUGCGGCAUGCUUCUGCUGCGUUGCACCCUCUACAAGCGACAGAUCGACACCUGCCGCAACUGCGGCCGAGUCGGGCAUCGACAAGACGUCUGCCCUACCCCAUCUGAGAAAGUCUGUGAACACUGCGGUAUCAAACCCACAGGACCUGACCAUGUGUGUGUGACUCCCAAGUGCGCGUUGUGCGGUCAGGCCCACAUUACAGGCGACCGCACAUGCCCAAAUCGCUAUCAAAUUCCUUACGUCGUUCGACGUCGACGCCGCCGCAGACGCCGGCGCAACAACAACCAACAGACCCAAGGAGGCUCGGCAAAGCAACAGCCGACGCCCAAGCAACCAACCCCGAGUCCACCGACGAAGCACCUGCCUACCACCACCAAGAGUCCGACUGCAACACCCACUUGGGCCGACCGAGUCGCCGGUAAAGGUGAGACUCGCGGUUCGGCGCAGUCGGGUAACUUGCCACAGCAUGAAAAAGAUGAGAUUCAGAGCUCAAACGCGAGCUAG